AUGGAUCCCAUGCAGUUUGCCUACAGAUGCAACCACAGCAUCACUCAAGCAAUCCUCCUGUUUGUAAUGGAUAUACUGGAAGGUUUCAAAAAGAACGAACACACCGUAGCCACGUUUGUGGAUCUAGAGGGGGCCUUUGACAGCGUAUGGCGAGAAGCGGUAGUAUACAAACUGGCAGACAUCGGUAUCAACGGCAAGCUUCUCCUUUACAUAGCAAACUACCUCACUGGAAGAACUGCGCGCAACCUGGUUAACACAUACCAGUCUGAAUGGAUCAAGACGGAGCUUGGUGUCCCACAGGGAUCGGUAAUCUCUCCCAUCCUGUUUAUCAUUUUCAUCAAGGAUAUGACAAGCAACAUCCCGAAAAAGAUUGGCUACGCUGACGACCUCCUCGCCUGGACGCAGAACAUCGACAUCAGUGCCGCAGAGAAACAGAUGAAAAACCAAGUCAGCUCCAAGGUAUGCCUGGGUGUCACCUUGGAUCAGCACCUGACGUUCCAAGAACACACUGAUAAAACAGCCAAGAAAGCGUUCGGAGCCCUGGCAAGAAUCAGCGCGCUCAUGGCAGACAUAGGCGGAAUGAAAAUGGAGAUCGGAAUCGCACUUUACAAGGCAUGCGUCAGACCUCAUCUGGAAUACGCGUACCCUAUCUGGUGUUGCGCGUCCGAGGCACAACUCCGGAAAAUUUACAGAGUGCAACGCAUAGCCCUACUGAGAGCCUCUGGCACCAUCAACACAACACCAGCGGCGGCCCUAGAAGUCCUCACGCAUGUACCACCGCCGAGACUCCGCUUUCAGGAAAUCUUGGCUCACGAAUUUAUUCGCAUCCUGAGGAAGCCCCACGACAACCCUCUCCGCUGCAUGGGUCCAGGAUUACCGAGAGCUGAUCCAUCAGUAAAGGCGAUUAUAAUCGAUAUAAGCGAUAGUCCCCUCUGCGACUGUGGACUUGCCAACGAGACCGUGGACCACAAGAUCUUCCAUUGCUAA